CGAGACGACGAGCAAAGGAGGAAAAAAAUGGAUACCACGAGACUGAGGCUGCCUCGUCUCCAGGGGACUGUGCCCAUAAAGAUGGGCAAGGUGGCGAUGUCUCCAGGAGAGGACGGCCUGAUUGGGAUCCCCUUCCCGGAGCACAGCAACGAGCUCUUGUCCCACCUCAAUGACCAGAGGAGGACAGGACUCCUGUGUGACCUCACCCUCACCUCCCACGGGGCUCGCUACCCAACACAUCGCUCCGUCAUGGCGGCCGUCAGCCUCUACUUCCGCCGGCUGUUCGGAGCGGAGGAAGGCGGCGGCGAGGGUGGCGGUGGCUUCAGCGUCUGCCAGCUGGACUGCGUGGCCCCCGACGCCUUAGACGCCCUGCUGGAAUUUGCCUACACCGCCACGCUCACCAUUCCCAGCUCCGGGAUGAGAGAUGUGCUGCGAGGUGCUCAGCUCCUGGGCAUCCAGUGUGUGGCUGACGCCUGCAGAGACAUCCUCGGGGAGACGGGGGACGCAGAGGGGGACACGGCGGGGGAGCAGAGACCCCAGCAGAUGACCAGCGAGAGGACGGCAGCGACAACGAACGUUGUAGAGAAAAUAUCCAGAAGAAAAACGGACAAAAAGAAGUUGAAAAAAGUCGGGUUACCUCACAACAACCUGUCACCUUUAAACCGGCUGCCCGCCUCUCCUGACAGCGUUCGCUCCCUGCCCCCCACCCAGCCUCCCAGCCCCGAACCGGAGAAAAUGCAUCCCAACCUCGGGCAAAACGGGGAUCUGAGGGCCAUCAGAGAGCCUGGGAGAGGGGCCACACUAAACGGAGGGCUCCUUCACUGGUCGCAGGAGCAGCCUCGGAUAGCCCACCAGCCUCCCAUCCAGAGCAACAAGCUGUCUGAGGAUGAUGACAUGGAGGGGCUAGGUGACAAUAUCAUGGUGAUGGGGUCCAGCUCCUUACCCACCUCUACGGCGGAUCGAGGCACAGCCCCAUCAGCGGCAGGAGGGGGAAGGAAGAGGAAGUCCCAAAUGCCCCAGCAGUGUCCUGUCUGCCAGAAGAUCAUUCACGGAGCGGGAAAAAUGCCGCGCCACAUGAGGACACACACCGGGGAGAAACCCUUCCAGUGCUCUGCCUGUGGCGUCCGCUUCACACGCAACGAUAAGUUGAAGAUCCACAUGCGGAAACACACGGGCGAGCGGCCCUACUCCUGCCAACACUGCCCCGCGCGGUUCCUCCACUCGUACGACCUCAAAAACCACCUGUCCCUCCACAGCGGGGCGCGGCCCUUCGAGUGCCCGCUCUGCCACAAGGCCUUCGCCCGAGAGGACCACCUCCAGCGUCACCGCAAGGGUCACAACUGCCUGGAGCUGCGCACCCGUCGGCCCAGGCGAGUCCCCGAGCUGGGAGAGGAAGGAGGUGAGAACGAAGGCACCAGGGAUCGCCCCAGCCCUCUGUCUCUGCAGGCCCACUCCUCCAUGUUCCAUCCCCGCUCCAUGUUGGAGGUUGGGGGCGGGGCCGGCGGCGGCGGCCCUUCUCUGUUAUUCCCAGGCAGCAUCGACAGGGAGAGGUCGCUGACCCUUCAGGCGUUGGCCCAACUCGCCCCCCAGAGGCUGGCCAGCUACCCCGAGCUGUUCCUGCGAGGGCUUGACAUGCGAGGCGGUAGAGAGACGGAGAGAGAAGAUCCCGGAGGAACUCGCUCGCCGACUCUGCAACGAGAAAGAUGGGCCGAUGACGCGGAAGACGAAGAAGCAGAAGAAGAAGGGGAAUAGUAAAAAAAAAAAAAAGACUGUUUAUGUGGUAAAAUAUCCACAGUAAAAAAAUAAUAAAAAUCAUCUCAGGUGGCUGGACUAAUGACCUGCUGCUCCCAUACAGAGAGCACUUAAAAGAACUUAUCAAAAUACGUUUAAGUAAAAAAAAAAAAAAAAAAAAAAAAAAGGAAAACGGGUUUUCUGAGAUGUUCUAAAUGUUGGUCUUCUGGUUUCUGGCAUUUUGUUGACUUAUUUUGUCUGUUAACGUUUGCUGUUUUAAGUAUUUUAGGUUUGAGUUGUCUCUAAUACUUUUUUUUUUGUUUUUGUUGUUGAAUUUCUGGUCACCAGGAUGUUUUUUCACUAUGCAAACUAAAAUCCAGGGCUUCAGAACGGAGAACUAUUUAAAGACGUGUAUUUUUGUUGAUUCAGAUGCAGUUUGAAAUUCAUAUGGCCUACAAGAUCACAGCGGAGGAUUUGUGUGCCCGCGGUCCUCUGGUGGCUGCCAGUGGAAAUGCAAUGUAAUUUAAUCAAGCUCAAUCCUUGGGUUAAAAGCAAUAAUUCAUUUUUUUUUAGUGGUUCAGUCUUUGCUUUAUUUUGGUGCUUUUGACCAAAGAUCUGCUGGGUUUCGUUUCUUGUUUUGCAGAAGAGAGGGGGUGAAUUGUAGCCAAUGUUGGGUAUGAAGAAGAGGAGCUUCUUCCCAACCCUUUUUGAAAAGCCAUGAGAAAGACUCUACUUGCAUAUUGGAGCGUUUCAGAGCCAAAGAGCUCUGGGCUAAAUGCCUGACCAAAAACAAAAACACAGGUCUGGAUUAGCGGUUUGAUGCUGGUAAAAGAUACAUAUUUUAUCCGUCUUUCUAUGCCCUCAUUUACAUUAUUAAAUAAAUUAAUGUGGCAAAAUGCAGGGAUUACUGAGACAAUAUACACCCCUCUGUGUAUUUAUUUAUUUAUUGCUAUUUAUUAUGACCAUCUUAAGACCAAAUCCAGACCUGAACCCGUCUCUGUCGAACCCCUACCUGCUCCAAUGAUCUUUUUGCUCAACAACCCCAAAUGCCCAAGCCUUGUUUUCUUUUUUUUUUCUUUUUUUUUUUUAAAAGGCCGAUCAUCUUCUUUUAAGCCAUUCUUCCUCAAAUGCAUUCUUUGCACAUUUAACCCACCAGGUUCUGCAGUAACACAGGCACAUUCCUCCCUUCACGGGGUAACACAGAAGGUCUAGAGCAAAGACAGCAGAGAGGGUAAAGAAAACUCCUGGAACAGGAACACACAAAGACUUUUCUGCUGUUAACUCGCCGUGGGACAGUAUGUACCACACGCUAUUACAAAGCAGUUCUUGUAGUUUGGCUGUGACUAAAAGGGGCCAUUUCCUUUUUGGGUUUAUUCAUCUCUGACCAAAAAACUUUUAAGUUUUACGUGGACGUUUUUUGCUGCGCGUCGUGCAAACAUUAAUGGCUUUUUCGGAAAUCUUCUCUUUCACAUUAAAAUCCAUGUAGCAAAUGUGCUGUUCUGGCCUUGUGUGCACUAUAUCCUGUCUUUGCUGUCGUGGAACUCUCCAUUUGUUUCCAUUGUAUUUGCACUAUGAGAUUGGAGAGCUUCAAGCUUUUUGUUCUUUUUUUUUUGUCCUACUUUCAACAUCUUAUCCUUUUUAUUUUUCUCGUUACUUUUAAAAAUUCUGAUUAGGUAGACUGUACUUCCUCUAAAGCCCUCAUACAUACUUCACAUUAGUGGUUAUAGUCAAACAAGAAAUCUAUAUACGUAUGGAUAUAUAUUGGGAUGAAGUUGCCUUAGGGUUUGUUUGUGCUGCAACUAUUCUCAGGAAAUCUUGAGCAAUGCACUAAGUGAUUAUACAAAAUGUUCAAUGGGAAAGCAAGCAGUGCUGUAGGGUGGCUGAUGCUGUUCAUGCAAGUGGGAUUCCAGUAGUUUGAAAUAUUAUAUUUUAUAGAUUUUGUAAUGAAGGAUAUCUUAUGUGCAGAUAAUAGUAAUGAAAGAAAUCUACUGGCCUUGUGGGAACCUGUCCUACUGGAUUGUCAGUAUGACAGUUGGUCCUGUGCAUGAAGGGUGUUGGUGCUCCCAGGUAAAAGCUUUGUGAAUGAAUGACGGUUAAACUGAUGUCAGCUGUGAAACGUGUUUAUAUGUGAGCUGUUUUUUUGUUUUUUUUUGUUUUUUUUCCAUGGCUUCGGUGAGGGGACUUUGAGGGGUAUGGUCUGAAUAGAGACCCCACUAUCAGGGAUACUUUUUUUUUUUUUCUUGUCUUUCAGUUCUUGGAGACUUUGUUUUCUCAGAGAUGCAGAUUCAUUUCCCCAUGAUUCGUUUCAGAUGAUGUAAAGACAAUAAAGAUAUCUGAGCUUGC